AUGAUACAUAAAGAAGCGCCGGCAAUUCAAGACUCACAAGAGCGGUCUGCCAAAUCUAACGUGACCAAACCCUUUCCUGAUCUUCGAAGAUGGAGACGUCAACUUCAAAAGAACAAUAAUAAAUUGGCGUCGACAUCGAUCCGUCUUAGAAAUCUUAAUCGUCAUCUCUGUUUUGCCAUAUCAAGACUACAUUUUAUAAGUGUGAAGAGACGGAUUUUGUGCAUACAUAAAAUGAAACAUAUUGUGAAGAUUAUGUCGUUGUUAGUGGCCAUAACUGCUAUAUGGAUUAGCUUAUUGCAGACUGCAAUGAUUCCACAGAGUUAUACGUGGUUGCUGCCUCUGUAUCUGAUUGUGUCACUAGGAUGCUAUGGUCUGUUAAUGGUUGGUGUUGGUUUGAUGCAAUUUCCAACUUGUCCUCAGGAGGCACUCUUGUUACAGCAGGAUGUAAUUGAGGCCAAGGAAUUCUUGAAGCACAAAGGGGUAGAUGUGGGUUCUGAUUAACAUCAAAGGGAUGACAUUUAUUUUAUACACUUUCUUUAUUUCUGAUUUUUGAAUUUUGAUGGACCAAUGGUUAACUAAAGAUCAUCUGUGCUUCAUAUAACUUCAUCAAAAUAUAUUUUUUGAUUUAUUUUUUUUGUAUUAUUUAUAUGCUAUUAUGACUUGCUUUAUAGGUUUAAAUGAUUUUAAUAGGGUUAAAAAUGUCAUUUGGGUUAACCCGAAACAUAUAUAGAGUCGGGUUUCGGGAAUUCUUUAUCAGUUUGUACUCCUUAAGCUAUACCUUUCUCAAUUUUAUAUUACUACUUUUACUGUAUGUCUAUAUAUAUGAUUGUACGCCAACUAUAUUUUAUUUGCCCUGGCACUAAAAUAUAUUACUUCCAAGUAUUUUCAAAUAUGAAAAUGUAUAACAUUUAUUCCAUGAAAGUAUAUAGAUGUACAAUACGUGGCGUGUAUGUUUUUUUUUCUUUGGUGUGUAUGCAUUUUUUUUUCUUAGUUAGGUGUUGUGUGUAUGUUAAC